UCACGUGAAAGGGGGUCUGGGAUGGCAUCCCGAGUGGGGAGAGGUAGCCCGAAAGUUAAAGGGAGCCGCGCAGCGGCUGGGAACCCGAGUCCAGGGUGAAGGGCCGCAGGUAGGAGGCGGGCGCGCUGUUUUCGCACAAGGACGCAUGCGGCUGUCCGCGGAGAGCGCCAACCUGAGCCCUGGCCCCCGCUCCUGCCGUCGCCGCCGCUGCCCCUGCCACCCCGGGGCGGAUGCUGCCGCGGGCUGGCGCCUCCGCACCUCGGGGCUUAUGAGCUGUACCAGGGUUCUAGCCUGUUCUUCUAACCCCGUGAUGGCUGUAGACAUUGAGUGCAGGUACAGCUGCAUGGCCCCCUCCUUGCGCAGAGAGCGGUUCACCUUCCAGAUCUCACCAAAGCCGAGCAAACCUCUGAGGCCUUGUAUACAGUUGGGCGGCAAGAAUGAAGCCAGUGGGACGGUGGCCCCGACUGUUCAGGAGAAAAAGGUGAAGAAGCGAGUCUCCUUUGCAGACAACCAGGGGCUGGCCCUGACAAUGGUCAAAGUGUUCUCCGAGUUCGAUGACCCACUAGAUAUUCCGCUGAACAUCACCGAGCUCCUGGACAACAUCAUGAGUCUGACGACAGUGGAGAGCGAGAGCUUUGUGCUGGAUUUCUCCCAGCCAUCUGCAGACUACCUGGACUUUAGAAAUCGGCUUCAGACCGACCACGUCUGCCUGGAGAACUGUGUCCUGAAGGACAGAGCCAUUGCUGGCACAGUAAAGGUGCAGAACCUUGCAUUCGAGAAGAUGGUGAAAAUCAGAAUGACGUUUGACACCUGGAAAAGCUUCACGGACUAUCCCUGUGGGUACGUGAAGGACACGUAUGCGGGCUCAGACAGGGACACGUUCUCCUUUGACAUCAGUUUGCCUGAGAAAAUUCAGUCUUAUGAAAGGAUGGAAUUUGCUGUGUGCUAUGAAUGCAAUGGGCAGACAUACUGGGACAGCAACAAAGGCAAAAACUAUAGGAUCAUCCGGGCAGAGUUAAAAUCCACCCAGGGAACAGCCCAGCCACCAAAUGGACCGGAUUUUGGAAUAGCCUUUGACCAGUUUGGAAGCCCUCGGUGUUCCUACGGUCUGUUUGCCGAGUGGCCUAGUUAUUUAGGAUAUGAAAAGCUCGGGCCCUACUACUAGUGACAGUGUGGGAUGGAACAGGCCUGUGGUGCAGACGAGCCAAGCUACAGUCACCACGGGAUGGAGAUGAAGGCCUCGAGAAAAGCUGAACUGCCAUCAGACGUGGUUUUUGAAAAGAAAGGAUCCUAGUCACUUUUUCUUCAAUCAGUCAAGCCAGUCAGGUUUAGAUCACAGAACUGGGUCCAUACUAGGUGUGCUGGUCUGUCUGGCACCCACAGGGCAACAAUGAGAGCCUGAGCAGGAUGGUGCCGGAAAGGGUCUGGACCAGACCCAGGCCUGUAGGCAGCGCUGGUGACACCAGAGGACAGUGGCUUAAUAAUGAGGUUGCCUGAAGGAGCCUUUCUCUUCUGGGGUCUGGGAAGUGAGUCACCUGGAAAGCCCUGUUCCCAGCCACAUCCCACUGGGUCUGGGCUCUCUUCUUCAGGUCUUCCUGGCUCAGCCAGGUCCUGCCUGCCUGUUGCUGCUGUUCCGUGUCUAUGUGUGCUUCAUACUUUUUCUCUGUGCAAUUUUUGAUUUGGUUUUCUUCCACAGUUCAUCUAAUGUUCAGGAAAAGAUAAUAAAGGCAAAUCAGCUCAUGAUGGAGACUGGCAUUUCCUCUUCCUGAUGCUACAUAGAUACCCCAGCAGAGGACAAGACACCAGUUAUCGAAAGUAACUGGCUCCUAUGCAGUGUUUCUGAUGGCAGGCUUAUGCCAGGCAGAACAGUCAUGAGUGGGACACUUUUAACUUCUCCUCUUGGCUUUGGGGGAACUUUCUAAGCACUCAUUCUUUGCCUGAGUCACCUGACUGCUCGACGGACGGCUCAGUUACAAGACAUGUUGUAACUUGCCUGGCUGGUUUGCCCAUGUCUAUCUUCACGAAAAGAUUUUAGAAUCUCUUUUCCUGGAGAGUCAUCUUUUAUGCUGUAUUUGGGACGUUUUGAUUUACAGAGUCAAUAUAUCCUCAAUGCCUUCAGAAAAUGUUCAGUUGUAUUUUGACUGUGAUUUACAUCCACUUUGUAAACAACACUUUACAAGCCCCAAUGGACUCUGAUUUGGUUGUUUUUAUUUAUGGUGUGUGGGUAUGUAAAGGAAUAGGGGAGAAAAACCUCACCAGGUUCUCAGAUUUUAUUUUCACUGUUUGCCAGUUCUGAAAUAUCAGAGAUUAAUUGUUCUUAACCGUAUUGGACUAAAGCAUUAAAAAAGUCUGUGGGUUCAUGUUAUUGUGAGACUCCUGGGGCUUUCCUUGUCAGAUGGAUCCCAAAUCCUGUGAUUUUUCUUGGACAAGACUGGUUGGUACUUGGGGGUAUUUAAAAAAUAUUUUUACAUGUAUAUUUGUAGAAGGUUGGGGGUUUUUUCCCUCUUUUGUUUUGGUUUUUGGAGCUUAGUUAAACGACUGCCUCAUUUUUCUCUUGUCUGAUCUUACUAGGGUGAGGUUUUCCACGGGGAGGCAGGAAGAGGAAUACCCAGCUGCCUGGAUUCGGGGGCACAACUCCUGGACUCUGCAAGCAAAGGGUCUUCUUUUGCUUGCAUUAUCCAGAUCAUUUGGAAGAGCCCUCCCGGCUUCUGUGGCUUUGUAAAUCAGUGUCAAGCAGAUCUGGAGUGUCUUGGUUCCUAGAGUUUUGUCGCUGGAUUGUUUUCUUUUUUGAACUGUAAAAUGUUUUGACUUUUUAAAUGCUCUGCAGUGGUGUUCCAUGGAGUUCUUAUUCCUAAAACUGGCUGUGACUAGACUGCAAUUUAGUGCUUUAUUUUGUAUGCCUCUCCCAGGUGGGCAGCACUGGGGGAUUACAGAAUAAUAUAAUUUAUGGGACAAUCACAUUUUUUAUCUUAUGCUGACACUGCACAGAACUAGGUUUUAUCUAAGUAUGUCUUACAUCAAGUACACAGUACUCUCCAUGUUACAAAUCUGAUGACCAGAGCUAUUAUGUAAUAGUGAAAUCUACAUUGCUUGGAAGCAAAACUGAUUUUAUACAGGUCAUGAUUUUGCUUUAAGAAGUCCCUUCCUCGCCCCUGCAAUUUAUGUAAGGUACAAGGUGCACUGUCAUUUACGUGUUACCAGACUAAAGGUAAUGAGAUCAUUCUAUGUUCAUAAGAAACAUGCCUCAAGUAACUUCUGUAGGGUUUUCAAUAAUCUUAAGACAUUCCCGUGUCAAAAGUUGAAAUACGGUAAUUCAGUGAUAAGUAUCUCUUUUAAAACAGCCACAAACCCUCCCCCUACUACCUUUCUCUCCUCCCAGCUCACCCCAGCUUUUCUGCUGGGGGCACUGGUUGCAAGCCCCCAGCCUGUGCACCUGGGCUGCUCACCCCAGCAGGCAAGUCCUCACCCGCUCACAAAGACCCUUCUCUGACUAAAGCAUCUGCUUGCCCGGAUUGUCAGCCUUGUCGCCGCCUCUGAAGAAUACUGUCUUCUCUUUACCCAUCAGCCUGUCUCCUUUUGGGUUAGUUCUGUCCCAGGAUAUCAACAGAUGGCCUCCGGGGUCUGCUCCAGUGGACCCUGUCCCUGUUUCAUAGCUCACCAACAGGAGACAGGUCUAUACACUUCAGAAAGUGAUGAGUUCCUUAGUUGGAGACAUCACUGCAGCCUGACCUGUAGGUAUAACCCUCAGACGGCUCUUGGUUAUGCUGACCAAUGGCCCGCGGUCCUGGUGUCCUUCCCAACUUGCCCCAGACAGACCAGCCUUCUGCCACUCGUGCAGUUGUCCAGGAAUGGGGAGGCAGCUCCAUUUUUGUUUCAUAUUUAUUCCCCCAUAUGUCCUGGGAAGCAUUCACAAAUUAGGUGCAAUAAAUAAGCUAGACUAUAUAAAGAUAGUUUUUUUUAAAAAAUUAGCUUUCAUUGUUUCUUGGAAGAUGUGAAGUGUUUGGGCAGGUUUGUUUGUUUAUUCUUGUUAUAGGGGAGUUGGUGAGAAAUAAUGGAGUUACGUAGUUCUCCAGAAAUUAAAACAAUUUCAGAGUCAAGGUAGAGUUUAUUAUAUUGCUAAGAUUUAAUUUUAACGGUGGUAAAACACUCUCUCAAUGUUUUUAAAGAUGGAAAUUUUGAACUGCUAAAAUAAUGUUUUGUGGUUUUGAUCUUGGCAUAUCAUUUGCUUUUUUAAAAACAAGCAUUACUUGUAGUCACUUGGACAUUAAAGGACUUAUGUGUAUAUAUGUUUAUAAACCAAAAAAGUGUUUGCUCACUUUUCAGAAGUGCUGUUUGCUAGGUCUUCCCUCUCAGUGGACAGUGAAUGAAAACUUCAGUGUCUUUCCUGUUUCCUCACGUCAAAUUCCUCAGCAGGAUGUAGCUGGCUGCAGAGUAUGCAUCAUGGCAUUUUGCUCUGGGAGGGCUUGAUGUCCUUGUCCCUCCUGAAAUGAUCACUGACACUGGGGAGAAGUUACACAUAUAAUGGGGUCUCCCAGGGUCGUCGGAAGACAGUUUGUCAGCUUAUCUUUACUUCCUGAAGUGAGACAGGUCUGGGACAGGGAAGGAGAGCUGUGCUGACGCACAGCUUUCCCUUGUUAGGGUUGUAAAGUGCUGCAGCCCAGGUUGUAAAGCUAUGAGUGUAAAUACAGUCUUGUCGAUCAGCUCCCAGGGUCAGCUGGAUCCGUGAAGACUCCCAGGAUAAGGCUGUGGUGGUGGCAGUUUGCUCUCACUUUAGUGUGAACGUAGAACCAAAGACUCAUCUUCAUUUUCGUGCCUAAAAGUGCCUUGUUGAGAAAUUAUCACAGGCUUUAAAAAAUACAUAUUUUUGUACACAAAGUUAAAGGGGAAAUGCACUUUAAAGUCACCAGAAUGGAUGUCUUUUGUGUGGUAUAAGAGAGUGGUUUGUAUCUCAAAAGCAAAAAUGUAAUAAAGAUAGAAAAAACAAAA